UAAAAUGUACUGAGGUACGUCGUUUCUAAAAAUAUACAAGUCGGGACUUGAAUGACUACAAGUUCGAUACAGUAUAUAUACACCUUGUGGACAGUUGAUAGUGCGCGUUAUAUCGACCUUCGUAUAUUAUAUCUGUAUAUUGGAUAAGCUUGCAGUAUGCCGAAAAGAAAAGCCUCGUUUGCAUUUCCAUACGAACGCCCAAGUAAGAUUACAAAGCGGACAAGCAACACAACUGUGUCCAGGACAUUAAGCAGUAUCUCAAAGACGCCGUCUGUUGUUAAACCACCACUUAAAAUGCCCAAAUUUCCAUCGCUUCGAGCAAGCAAGCCUGGAGAGGUUAUUCAGGUGUCAGCAGCAGCUCCUUUACCAACUGCUGGCGGAUCUCCAACACCACCAGCCCUACGACGUGCCUCAACACUGACUCUAGAUGAUUAUGACAAAGUUGACUCUGCUAAAGCUUCAUUUACUAAAAGAAAGUCGUCUACUUGUAAACCAUCAUCACUUUCUAAGAAAUCUAGCAGUUUUGUUGAGGAGGGUGCACUUGUAACAAAAUUAUCAGGUCUUAAAUCUGGGUCAAUCGUUGGAGAAACAUCUUUAGCGUCAACGCCAUCAUUAACAAAAUCUCCCAGCAAGUCUAAAUCAUUGUCAAGGAAAUCAUCCAGCAUAACUGGGAGUUCAUCUGGAGUGCCGUCGUUACCUAGUGGUUUAACUAAACUUGCAUUACCAAAAGAAACCACCAAGAGUGGAAGUCUUCGUAUUUCAAAGUCGACCCUUGUUGACGAUAUUGACGAGAUAGAGAUGAUCUCAGCUCUUGAUAGUUUGAAGUCCACACUUUCUAAAGAGGGAUCAAAGAAACGUUCAAUGUCAAAGUCUGCAUCCGUUAGAUCAUCAAGACCAAGUUCUCCCGUAAAGAAAGCUUCAGUUAACAAUGAUGAAGAACCUAUGGACCUAUCAACAGCAUCUUCGUCUAGUGAUCAAGGGCCAGCAGCCGGGCCACCGUCGGAUGGAUUAAUGGAAGUUGCAAUAUCAUUUGACACCACUGGAUCCAUGUAUGGUUGUCUUGAGGAAGUCAAAGCUAAAGUGCAAGAUCUUGUUCAACGUUUACAGACAGACAUUCCUGGAAUUCGUGUUGCCAUCAUCGCACACGGUGAUUACUGCGAUGAAUCUAACUACAUUAUAAAAUGGAUAGAUUUUGGCGCCAGUUUACCAGAAAUUUGCGACUUUGUUAAGAAUGUUGGUCCCACCCUUGGAGGAGACGGCCCAGAAUGUUACGAACUUGUUCUGCAAAGGUCACGUGAGGUUUUGUCAUGGACAGAGGGUAGCAAACGCAUUCUCGUCAUGAUUAGUGAUGACAUUCCUCAUGAGCCUGGAUAUACUUAUGGCGGGAAAACCUACUUUAUUAAUUGGAGGGACGAGUGUGCAGCCUUGAAGGAAAUGGGCGUGAAGAUUUAUGGUGUGCAAGCAGGGGGAAGUCCAGCUGCCACAUCAUUUAAUGAAGAGAUGGCAAAACUAACUGGAGGAAAUCGCUUAAGUUUAAAGAAUUUUGGCUGCAUAUUUGAUGUUCUGAUGAUGAUCUGUUACCGUGAGGGAAAUCCUGCAAUGCUUGCGGUUUAUGAACAGGAAAUAAUUGACCGAGGAGACAUUGCCACGUCUGUAACAGGUCCCAUGGCCCCAUCCUUUAUAGCGCCAACACCAGGACUGCCACCAUGGUUUGGUAAGGUAACUAAAGGUAAACUACCGAAAGGGGGCAUUUUUGGCACACCUGUAACAGGUCUCAUACCCCCACCCUUUAUAGCGCCAAUACCAGCACAGCCACCAUGGUUUGGUAAAGGUAAACUACCAAAAGGGAGCAAGGUCAUAGCUGAGAAAAAGACAAAGAAACAGACGAAAAAGUCAUCUAAAUCAGUCACAAUUCAGAAGAGAGAAAAGCUCCCAGACACCUGCAUGACUAAGGGUGCUUUGAAAACCAUAACUUGGUCCAAGUGGAUUAAUGGUGUAGAACCCAAGAUGCCAACGAACAAGCAGAAAUCGAACUUUAUGAAGCUUCGAACAAAUCAAGGAUAUGGACCGAAAACAAUAUUUGAUAAUGAUUUUGAGAAACCAGCCAUUUAUGAAGUCGCUGUACAGUUACCAUGGUCACGCAAAAAAUACGUUGUUUAUUUCCACAUGACAAGAAGAGGGUUCGCUAUGAGUGGUCAUUGGUCGACGAAUUUGUUGCGACAUAAUAAAGUUAGACAAGAGAUCAACAAUGUCUUGAACCAAGGAUGUUCCAUUUACAUUAGGCGAGGGCUUCCAACAGCAAAAAAAGUUGACAAGUUUGUAAGCCAAAUGAAGGCAGCAAAUGAUUAUAUCAGAGAUAACUUUGAUUAUGCAUGGCAAAAAUAUAUACGGCGGCGAAGUGAGGGCGGAUUGUCAAUGUUUGGACUAAAACAUCGACAUGUGAAAUUUACACGGAAAGGAAAAGUUUUUAUCCUUUCUGAUAGUAGUAUUUAAAUGUUAAACCUACAUGUUUAAAUAUGAAAAACAAUAUCAUUACUAUUACUUUGUAAAUGUUUAUUUUUAACUAACCGUCUGUGAUAAUACAUUAUUGUUACAAUGCAUUUAUUUAUUUAUUUUAGAUAAAGCACAAAGUACUUGACUAA